AUGCUUCCAACUAUGUCAGCAUCGCACCAUCUUCAGUCCACUGCCGGAGGAUCGCGCCUUUCGCGCUCGUCCGCCGCUGCUACAGGAUGCUCCGCACCACCCGCCGGAUCACCCGCUGUACCACCCGCCGCAUCAUCCGCCGCGCCGACCGCUGGUGACUUUGGCGGAGUGGGAGCGGUCCCGGCUGUCGCCGCCGCCUCACCUUCCGCCGAUGCCUGCAGUCCGCGCGAACGCUCGUUUUCUCCCCGCGGCAAGCGCGCCACCGAGUGCCGCCGCGCUCCACGGCACAGGCACUCGCGCUCUUUUUCCGGAGACUUCCCCACUUUUCAUGCCACUGCGCCCAGGUCCCCCGCCCAUUCCGCAAUUCCCGCCUCCAACAGCCCUCUUAGCAGAAGGCCCCGCGAGGACCCCGUGGAAACCUCCGCUUAUCCCGGCAACGGGGCGUGUUCUCCUGCUUCCCCCGCCCCCAGCGGAGAGUUUUCCGCCCGGUGCGGAGACACAUCGAACGGCGCACGGCUUUCUGCGCAGCGAUGGUCGCUGCCGCCGGGAACGAGCGUCGACGGCGGGGUUGGUAUGGGGGAUUGUCCCCUCACGGGUGGGUUAAGCAGCAGCGGUCUUGCGAGCAGCGGUGCUGACGUGGCGUUUCUGACGAGCCAAUCUCCGCGAAUCGACCUUUUACGGAGACUGAAAAUGGAAGCGGCUGUCGCGGUGUCGUCGUGCGAUUCGCCUUCUUUUUUCUCCCCGUCGCACGCCGCGGCAUCGACGAAUGCGCGCGAUUUGUUCUUUUCUUUUGAGCGCCAAGGAAGCAUCGGCUUGCUCAGCGAGGGGUCGUGCGACCUCGGCGACGACGGGAGCGGGAGCUUCUUUCCUCAUCAACGACCAGAAGAACUCGUUCCGCUCCAACGCGUUACGUCUAUAACGGUCAUAGCUAGGACGGUGUCGCCCCUCGUAGGUGCUCCGGACUCGCUUCUCCCUGCCCCUGCUGCUGCUGCUACUACUGCUGGAGAAGAUGCUAUAGGCGGUGUUGAGGGCUGCGCGGCGAAUUCUGCCGCUGCCGCGUCUCCUCCCGAGUCUCUCUCGUUACCAGUUUCUCCCGUCGACGACGGGCCUGCGGCUGCCUUCCUCGAAGCUUCCUGCAACCCGGCGGAACCGCUAACUGAUGCCACGUCAGCAGCCGCUGAACCCAUGCAUUCUACCUCAGGUGCUGCGAAAGCUACCGUGGUCAGCAGGGCCAUCGCCACCGCGCGUUUCGCCACGUCAACGUCGACAGGCAGCAGCAGCGGCAGCCACGUGUCAAACAGCACGUGGACCACCGCCGUGACUAAUCUAAGCCACGAGUCGUCUAGCAGCGAGAGGGCGAGCAGCAGACUCAGCAGCGGGCUUGACGGCGCUUUUGACGCCGGAAAUGGGGGUGAAUUCGUUAAAGGAUGUAACAGCGGGUUUGGCGGUGACACGUGGACGGGUGCCGAGUUGUCGUCCGCCGAGUCCUCUCCCCGCCUCUCUCCUUCAAGCCCGGGAUUCUUCUCGCCAUCCCGACGGAGUUUUAGUCACCAGCAAGAUCCGUUUCAGCACAAUUCGUUACACGGCUUAUUGCACAAGGCAGAGGAUGAUGACGAUGGGAUUGAGAUCGGUGCUGUGGAUUGGCACCACUCGCAUCGAUUCUAUAGCGAGUAUCAGCAGCCGCAGCACUACAGCCGGCAGCAGCAGCAGCAACCGCGCGGCCGUUACAGCGCGAGGCUCGGAGCGAUGCCGUUUGAGACUCGCAAUCAGGUGCAGCGCUGGGAAGGUAGGAAAAGUUCAGAUGAAGUCCAGGAGCAGGAUGAGAAUGAGGAUGAGGAGCAGUUGGAUGAGGAGGAGGUGGAGCAGGAGAAAGAGCAGGGAGAGGAGCAGCUGCAAGCUGCGGAUGGGGAAGAGGCAUCAAGAGCAGGGUCGACCGAAGAAGUUGGAGCAGAGUUGACGGCGGCAGCAGUAGCAGCAGGAACACGGGCUUUCGCGAGGACGAGGAAAUACAGAAAAGGAGCAUCGGGGGUUGUUUUCAUCCCUCCCUCUGACGCUCCCGAGGCGAUUCGGGCUCCAGACUCGCCUCGAGAACGCGCUCUCGCGAGGACGAGAAAGCUUCGGGACGGAACUUCGGGGUUGGUUUUCGUCCCCAUGUCCGACCCCUUCGCGAGUGCGGACGAAAUUUGCUUUGAAAGCAGGAGCUCUCCACCAGCUGCUGUUACGACCUGUACAGGAUCAGACGAGGUAGUUUCUAACGAGGAUGUGGAAGAGGAGGGAGCAGGCACAUCUACAACUGCAGAUAGAUCUGGCACCUCCUGCACUGCUUUCCUGCCUCUCUAUCUCUCUUUCCUUCUCUUUUCCCCCAAUGUCCUUGUGUAA